AUACUUACCGACUUGGCCAGCGCUCCUGUUUUGAAUCACUGAGUGUUCGUAACGACGAGGUGUGGCAAAGUUGAAACUCGUCUGAUUAAAGGACCCCGCUCCCCAGUCGAUAAAAAUAGAACCUAUUAAAAUCAACAUUGAACAAUACCGAUAAUAAUAAUAUUCGUGAUUCCAGAACUUACUAUAUCUGACGUUGUGAGUGAUGAGAGGAUUUAACUGGUUAUAUAACCACUACUCGGCCGCAUUUGCGCCGGGAAUCAAGAAUGCCACGUAUAACGUAGGGCCGUUGCAAGAGAAUGUUGAUUGGAAGCCGCUCGAUCUUACCUUUGUACAGUAUCCUAGAGGAAAUUGCGUGGGGGAAUUUUUGGCAUUCGUUUCCUUAAGCCCACUAAUUACAAUAGUGUCGUUAUUGACGCUGAUAGCAUCUCGAAGAGAUCUGCACACAAUCGCGUUAAUGCUGGGCAUAACACUUAAUUGUUGCCUAAACGUGCUUCUAAAGCACAUUUGGAAAGAACCACGGCCGACGGCAGUCCCCCCACGAAAAGAAUCAAUUUUUUCGACCUAUGGAAUGCCGUCGGAGCACUCGCAGUUCAUGUGGUUCUUUGCGAUCUAUCUGAUGUUAUUUAUAAGGGUCCGAGUGCAUCGUAGAUCAGAUUCAAGCACGGACUCAAUCAUUAAGGAAUUGCUUCUAAUUAGUGCAUGUAUCCUGUGGGCCUAUACAGUCGGUGUGGCCCGUGUGUACCUCGAUUAUAACACAUCGAUUCAAGUCCUGAUUGGAGGAGGAAUCGGAGCUGUCAUGGGAUGUAUAUGGUUCGCUAUCACUCACCUGUUGCUAACCAGGCUAUUCCCCAGUAUGUGCUCAUGGCAGAUUUGCAAGUUUCUGUUGCUGCGGGAUAUGACGAGUAUUCCAAAUGUGACAGUCUUCGAAUAUAAUUGCGCUCAAAAAGCCAGUGAAAUGGCGAAAUCGUAUAACAGCAAAUACGCGCGAUAUAAUGAAACGGCGAAACUCAAGAGAUCAUAACGAAGGACCACGACGUCCCGAGUAAGGUAGCACGAAAAUAGAAGUAUAAUUCAAAUAUAUAAAUACUCCGAAGAAGCAAGACAAACCGGUAUCCCUUCAUGCAGACCUGUUUGGCAGUCCUAACCCACUUUGUUAGCCAUAAAUGUAGGUCCAAUGAAACGCAUGGAGAGCAUAUUUGAGAGAGUGCUGUCCUAACACAUUCCGUCGGAGAAGUUUUGUCAUAUGAAUUCGAAGGUCGUUAAUGUGGAACAAAAUUUAAAAUCUGAUUAGUAGCCUCUGAUUAGUACCCCCUGAUUAGAAAAAGUAAUAAAAUUAAAAAUAAAAAGCAAAAAAAAUGUUCGAAAUGCGUUAGCAAACAAUGAUAUUGAAACUGAAACAACGACUGGGAUGGUUUUAGCCAACGUACGAGCGAACUAGGUCAUCGUUUGUAAGGCUACUCCACUGUUCUGAGCAGCCAUAUGUUGCUAUUAAAAUACAAUGAUAGAGAAAAUAAUUUUUAAUAAAAAAAAAUUAAUAAAAACAA